CAGGUUUCGCCGGGCACUCGAACGGCCACACGGGCCACGGUGCGCACGGAGUGGAGAACUUGCGCCUACGCCGACGCGCACAAGAGGGAUAUACACACGACGACGACGACGACACGCGUGCGCGACCAGCAUGACUGCGUCCGAACAUAAUCGGCUAAAAUGGUGGCCCUGAGGCGGGCCGAGGAGAGCCGUGAUUCCGGCGGCUGCGGGCUGAAGUCAGCAUGGAGACUCGGUGGCCGCGCGGCAGCGGCUUCGUCCACUCGCUACUACUGCUGCUGGUGGUGGCGACGCCCAGCGGUCGGACGCAACUGGCAGAGCUCCCGGCGCUCGGGUGCAGCUACGACCACGGUCAGCAGGCGCUCCUGUGUUCGAACACCACCCUGGACAAGGUGCUCACGUCGCUGCGAAUCUUCGGCACUUUCCUGAACCAGACGCUGCAGCCGCGCAGCCUGACCAUCUGGGACAGCCAGCUUCCGCAGCUGCCCUUCUUCCUCGGACAGUUCAACCGCUCGUUGCACACGCUGCGCCUAGUGCGAUGUCACACGCAGCACAUCUUCCCGGACGCCUUCGCCGGCCUCGAGCAGCGGCUCACCACGCUCGACCUGUCCGAGAACUCGCUCUACUCGGUGCCGUACGCGCUCGGCACGCUGCGCAGUCUCGAAGUGCUCAACCUGUCCCGGAACUCUAUAGCGGUGCUUCGGCCGGGCCCCGUGUUCUCGCGCAUGCGCGCACUCCGCGUACUCGACCUCUCGGGGAACCUGCUCGGCGUGGACCCGCAGUUCGUGACGGGAGCCCGAGCGGCGGAGGGGGACCACGCCGAGCUGUCCAUGAAGCUGGCCGAAAACCUGACGGCGCAGGACUUCGAUGUGGCGCCGCUGGCCGGCAGCCUGGAGCGGCUGCUGCUCGGCGCGAACCGACUGGCUACCGUGCCCGAGCAGCUGCACCGUCAACUGUUUGCUCGCCUCCGGGAGCUCGACUUGAGCGACAACGCGCUCAGCACGCUGCCAAACUUCGGCGCCGCGCUUACGCCAAACCUGGCCGACUUCAGCGCGCGCAACAACCAGCUCGAAACGGUGCCUUUUUACAGCAUCCCGCCGGCAGAAACGAACGUCGACUUGACAGGCAACCCUAUGCGGUGCGACUGCGGGGCGCUGUGGCUGCGGGAGCUGCAGUCUGAGCCGGCGCCUCGUGUGCGGCUGCCGCCGUGCGCCAGCCCCGAGGGAUACCGGGGCCGCUCCCUGAGCUCCAUCACUCCCGAGGCACUCUGCUGGCACGGCAACCUGACGCGCCUCUACGGAUACCGCCUGCGGGGAUUCAGCGAACACUCCCUCCUCGCGCUCACCAGCCUAGAGACCAGCCUCACCGUCACAUGGAGCGUCGCCAACAAAGGUCUUCGCUGGACGCUGCUGUACCGAAAGGAAAACAGCAGCCCAUACAUGAUGACUGUCCAUCCUCGAGGCCGGGAGGGCACGCACACCACUGGCGACGAGGCAGUCUUCACAGACAUCAUCAGCGGCUUGCAGUCGGACACGGCGUACGUCGUGUGCGUCGGCAUCCAGCAACAGCAGCCGCUGGUGCCGUACCUCAUGGACCCCAAGAAGUGCCACAUCGGUCGCACUAGGCGCCACGCGCAGCCUGCGACCCAGCUCACCACGUCAGUGGUCACUGUCAACCUGCAGGUAACGUCACCGCUGCCGCACCACAAGAAAGCGCGUACCGUACUACUCGCCAUGAGAUCGUCCACUAGGUCGGUCACUGUGCGCUGGAAGGUGUCCGCCGUGCAAGGGCCUUCAAAGCGCUCCGUGCUCGCCAAGGUAACCGAAGACCAAGUUCUGCCGCGGGAGUGGGUCAUCCUAGUCAGGAAGUUCGGAAGCCACAACUUCACGGAAAUACAAAUAUCCGACAGCAACGGCGACGGCAAGUACAACAGCACUUACUCAUACACGGUCGCCGACCUAGAUCCCUCCACGGCGUAUGACAUAUGCCUGAUAGCAAUGGAUUCCGUGCUCGAAGACAACAUGGAUCAAGUACCCGGCUACAGCAAGCCGGUUCCUAGCCACUUAUUGUCGGCAGCGAAGCAAGCCGACGGUCAGCUAACAAUGACCUGCAAGGAAACAACGACGAAGUCUGCCAACGAACCUGUUCCGAUAAAAACCAUCGCGGUUGUAACCACAGUGUCAACAACCACCACAGCUUUUGUCGUUGCUCUCAUCUGCUGCUGCUUUCCGCGUAAGACUUUCGGAAACUGCUUCCGAAAAGUGAAAAACAAGCUCAAGCCUGCUGACUCCGUCAACCGUGGUACUCCAGAAAAGGACAACUCGUACCACAGCAGCGACAACUCUGUGAAGCUGCUAGUGCCCGUGCACAACUCGGCUUACGAAGACACAGAGCCCAUGGUGGAUCCACGCCGCCAGACAUGCAAUAGCACCAUCAGGUCAAGGCCCAGGAGUUUGCCAGAAGCGCCACACACGCCGCCGCCGCCACGCUCGCCGCCCCCACCGCCACCGCCGCCACCCCCUCCUCCGCCGCCACCAUCAUCGACACAGAAGUCCGCCAAUUUGCAUUACUCGCCGUGGGAGGAUCUGACCAUAACACGCAAGGCACCACGACGUGUUAAAUCCGAGCACUUCGCAAAUUCCGUGCCCUAUCUACAACCAAAAAAGGCGGUGACGACGCCGGAAGCCAACUACAUGUCUUUGACGAAGAGCCACUCGACCAACGAAGAUGGCGCGUACAUGACGCCCGCCGCUGCGUUCGCCUUGGGACAGGGCUACCUCAACUCAAACUGCAUCCAGUACCUCGAUGGGAAAAAAGUGCAGGUGUACUCGUGCGGUUCCAAGACACUGCCCAAGAGUUGCCUGCGGUCAUCAUCGCGCAAAAGACGCGCCAAGGCGAACAACUUCUUUCAGAGCAGAUACAGUCCCUCCGUGAAAAAAAAGGAGAGGGAGAAAACGCCGCCACCCAUCCCAAGGUCGUCGACCACGCCUCGGAGAGACACAAUAGGCAGGUCGAGCCAGAGGCUCAGCUUCCGGACGUUCGGCAAGAGCUCCAGAGACGAGGGGGAAACCAAGACGAGCCAGACCCUCCCGCGAACAAAGACCGACUCGUCGACGCUCUUCGGUCCCGCGCCUGGAGCCACCGUCAGGUCUUCUAGCAGUCGACCGGGCACUGCCAGUGACUGCGAAGUCUUCAUUGAGCACGUCUAGGCCACCUUGUCGAGACAUUUGCUUCAAGACAAUGGAACGAUUCCAGCGUACACGCCGCAGAAAAAACAAUGAGCUCGGUGCGAAUCACGCAGUCUCGAAGGGCAUAAACGGGAGCGGCAGUCAGCCCAGCACCGUGGCGGAUAAGCGGCCGAGUUCAGUGACCCUGUGUGCGUUCGCAAGCCUCGGCCACAACGGAGGUCCAAGUGGCCACGGCGGCCCGCGGCCCAGCUUCGUUUGCGCGCGCAUUUGCCCGAGUCCCAACGACGUCGCACGAGCGCGCCUAGCAAGUGGACGUUUCCUGUGAGUGGACUGGCUGCGGGUCUACAAGAGAAAUACUUUGGACAAUGCGGGUCAACGAAGGUGUUAAUGCGAGAUACUGUCUCAUGGACCAAUGCCGAGUAAUUGUUCUACAUUGACCUGUAUAUCUUUCAUUCCCAUGUGACUGACCAGUGCGUACACACGCAGUUGAUAGUAAUAAAGUAUGUGUGUGUUUUUCUCC